GGCAAUAAUAGAGACACAAACAUCGCUAUCGCAGAGCAAACGACGUGUUAUCACUAUUGUAAUUUUAACGCUGUAAAAUCCUGCUGCCAUUUACAGAUUUGGUGACAAAGUAUUGAAUUUUGUCAGGAAAAUGGGAGGGCAGAGAGAUAAGAAUGGAAAUAGUCAAGGCAGUUGGCAUUCAGCUGGAUACUAUGGCCAUUUCAGAAGCAAGCAUCGGAAUGAUUUCCUCAACCAAUACCGACAGCAAGCAAAACCUUCCCCACCUCAAAAAUUCCAUGAUAUGAUUGUUGAUCGUCCAAGCACCCAUCAUUUCUCUCAUCAUGACAAUCGGUUUUCCUUCCUCAACACGGUGGACAGUUUUCAAGGGAAUCUUGGCAAAAGGAAGGUACAGUCAAAUUACAAGACAAAGUUUGUCCCAGACUUCAUUGCAUGGGUGCCACACAAGAAAGAAAUAGAGGAGGCAGGCCCCAAAGUCUCCAUCUACCGAGACACCUUCACAACUAAUGAGGCAUCAGGGCGUGUGCCACAGAUCUUGGUACCUAGUGUCAGGACCCCUCGACCACCCCGUGAGGCAAACCAUAGGCCUCUCCUGGUCACGCCCUAUGUUGACCUGAAGACAGCAGAGGAGGAGCUUGAGCCAUUGUCCACGACCUAUCAACUGACCCAUCGGCAUUCCCAACCAAACAGGAUGAUUAAUACCAAUAUGAACACAGGAACGGUAGACACAGAACCAGUUUCAGACCAGAAAACUAUGAACUUCAUCAACCCUAAGAUUGCUUCCAUCCAUGAGAACCCUGUUCCAUCAGUAACCAGGUUGCGUAGGUCGAGGAUAACCUCUGCUCCAGCCUUUAGGACAAGCGUUGCGGACUGCAUGGUUUGGCACAGUCAUGGAGACGUAGAACAGGUCCAUGUGCUGCCUUCACGGAGACAACGUCCAAAAACUGUGAUAGGACUUCUGCCUGAAAUCCCAAAUGCCGAUGUGAAUGAUUCAUCAGUGCAGGACACUUUGCCAAGAUUGGCUCAAUCAGGACCUUGUCAUUCAUCUCACUUUGGUAUGACUCCAACUGCAACAUCAACCGUUCCUAUGGAAGUGAUGCCUUCUUCUUCACAGGCAAUGCCAGACACGAGUACCAGUUUCUCACAUCAAGGAGCUUCCCAGGCAUCCGUGCAACAAGCCAUGAUUAGUGACAGCAUAUAAUGGACUGUUGGGGUUAACUCAAUCAGAAAUAGAACUGAUUCUUUUAUUUCCCUGUUUUAUUGUAAAGAGAGAGAAUAAAUCAUGUGUUCAGAGCCAGAAGGGCAUUAGCUCUGUGGUGAAUGAGUCACUGUCCUUCUGGGCCAAACAGACAUAAUAUGGACGUUCUUAUAUCUUAUUUUGAAUAUAUUACACUUCUGGUUUGUGAUUCCUGUGCAGUGGUAUUCUGUAUUCUGGAAGGCAUUGUUGCUGUACAGCUAGUGGGCUGAGUGGGCGAUGGUUCUAUCCACUGUGAUGCAUGUAGAUACCAAGUCAUACUUUGAUGGACAAUCCUAUGGUGCACACAAAUGUGAGAUAAGUAAAGGAUAGGCUUCCAGCAUUAUGGUUUGGUUUAGUGAUAUUUACUGUAGGAAGCUUGAGUGCUAGUAUAAUAUGUACAGUACUAUAGUCGUGUUCCAUGCUCGAAAUAAAGAACAUUGAAGAGUUUUCUUGGGGAGUAUAUUUACAUGCACUUAAUUACAUUUCCAUAGGAAUUCAUUCAAAGAGACCCUGCAAUGCAACUUUAUAAUGCAAUUAAUUAGUGUCAUACCAAUAUAUUACAGUCAAAUAUUAUCCUUAGUGCAUAAUCCUCUCCCGAAGAAUAAUCUUUAGUCAAAUUCAAGGGAUAUACUAUGUACACUGUAUCCCUGAUUGUUGUGUCAUGCAGCUGAUCUACACCAUACACUGUGUAUUGAUAUGCAAUAAUGCUUCCAAGUGAUCCGUCUACAUAAACAUCCAAGUAAAUAUAUCAUGAACUUUAUUUGAGUGAUUUGCAUCAUAAUUCAAACACAUGUGUACAUGUUUGAAAGUGAGCAAAGUUGUCAAUAUACUUCAUUUAUCAUUUGAGUUGAGUUUAUCACUGUUUUGAGUAAUUAAAUACUAGAUUGUGGUGUCACUGUGUAAAGAAAUAAAACACAUUCAUAAUACAAUCAUUUACAAAAAUAACACACCCAAGAAUACAUCUUGCAACUACAUGUAUUGACAAUGACAUAUAUUUAAACGAAGCAUAUGCUAUAAUCUAGUCUGUUACGAGUAAGGUAUACUUUCAUUCUAACCAUUGGAAUUGACAAUUGAGAUUUUGAAAAAUAAUUGAUACUUGUUUCAAAUGUCUUUUAAAAUAUAUAUAAUAUAGAUUGUAAAUCAUGUACAUGUGUAUAGUUCACAUUCCCGACAAAAUAUACUGUAUUGCGCACGAAGGAAUUGUUUAUUAUGAUGUCCAAAUAUAAGAAUCAAGUGCUUUCAAUGUUGAACAAUUAAAUAUGUUGCUACUGGUUGUCUAAAGUAAACCUACAACUCUAGUAUCAAGAGAUAUUUAUUUUUAAUUUCAGGGUUAUUAAGAUAAUGUGAUAAGUGUAAACAGAAAAUCAAGUAAAUAUGAAUUUUAUACAAUCUGAUAUCUUUUAUCUGCUGCUUUGUGUGAAAAUAAAAGACCUAAAAAUUCA